GACUUAUUAUUAUUUGUAUAAUGUCUAAUUGAACACUGUGAGUGUGAGGGUAAUCGAUGGUUAAAAACUUAAAAUAUUUGAAAGAUCGAUGUAUUGGCCGUUUGGGUCCUCUCUGUGAAGGUAAUGGCGGGAUCGUCAAACGAAAAACGGAGACUGAUAUGGCCGUUCUUCUUGAUUCUGAUCCUUCACUGCGUUGCCAUCUUGCUCUUCACUCGAGGGUUUCUCCUUACUCGAACAGAGCUCUCAUCUUUUAGUCACUGCGCCGAUAUCUCCCAGUCUCCCUGUUUUCCUUCUCCACUUGAAGCUCCUUCAACAUGUUCCUCUUCUUCUUCACCUCGAAAUUUCUCCGAAACAGAUCGAGUAAACAGACACGAACGUGGUGAACGUUGUUGGACCAAACCUGCUAUCGACCGUCUCGUCAUUAUCGUUCUCGAUGCGCUGAGAUUUGAUUUUGUUGCACCCAGUAUCUUCUUUGACGAGAAGAAGCCAUGGAUGGACAAGUUAAAGGUGCUGCAGAAGCUAGCCUAUGAUAAAGGAUCAUCAGCUCGGAUUUUUAAGGCUCUUGCUGAUCCACCUACAACCAGUUUGCAACGUCUGAAGGGCUUGACAACCGGUGGAUUGCCAACAUUCAUUGAUGUAGGAAAUAGCUUUGGGGCUCCAGCAAUUGUUGAAGAUAAUUUGAUACACCAGUUGGUGCAAAAUGGAAAGCGUGUACUGAUGAUGGGAGAUGACACAUGGUUACAGUUGUUCCCAGAUCAUUUUGAAAAGUCUUACCCCUACCCAUCCUUCAAUGUUAAAGAUCUUCACACAGUAGAUGAUGGCUGCAUCAAGCACUUGCUUCCAUCUCUUUAUCGGGAAGAUUGGGAUGUCCUCAUUGCACACUUCCUUGGUGUGGACCAUGCAGGUCAUAUAUUUGGAGUUGACUCUAGUCCAAUGGUAGAAAAGUUGGAGCAAUACAAUGCCAUUUUAGAAAAAGUUACGGAAGUGCUGAAAAACCAGUCAGGACCUGGUGAUUUACAUGAAAAUACCUUUCUUCUUGUAAUGGGAGAUCAUGGUCAAACUACAAAUGGUGAUCAUGGUGGAGGGACUGCUGAAGAGGUUGAGACUUCGCUUUUUGCAAUGAGUAUGAAAAAGUCUCCAGCUUCUGUACCAGCUGCACUUGAUAGCUCUGUGUGCAAGUUAGAUUUGGAUGGAAAUAAGAUGUGUUUUAGCUUUGUCCAGCAGCUUGAUUUUGCAGUAACGGUGGCAGCUCUGCUUGGUGUCCCUUUUCCUUUCGGAAGCAUUGGGCGUGUUAAUCCUGAGAUAUAUGCUUUAGCUGCUGGUACAUGGAAUCAACAAAGCACUACUAACACAAACUGCAAAGAUUGGUUGAAUUUGGAAGAAUGGAUGCAAAACUAUGCUCAUGUUCUCUGUAUCAAUUCCUGGCAGGUUAAAAGAUAUAUUGAUGUCUAUUCAGCAUCAUCAGUUAUUGGUUUUUCCUCUGAAGAUUUACUCCAUGUAGAAGAGAUCUAUGCUCAAGCGCUGAAUAAUUGGUCAAAUAGUGUACAGAAGUCAUUCUUGUCUGGGCAAGAAACCCUUAAUGAUAACUUUGCUUCUACAUUAUCAUCUCUUGAGGGGCAAAUUAAUACAUAUUCAAAUUUUUUGGCAAGUGUUGCAGAACUUGCACGCUCAAAAUGGACCGAGUUUGAUUUAUGGAUGAUGGGUGCUGGUAUAGGCAUUAUGCUAUUUUCGCUACUCGUCCACUUUAUUGCUUUUAGGAGGGCACAUAUGCUGUGCCAGGCCACUUACCCUUCAGUUAGGGCUUCGGGUAUCUCUUCAAGGGUCGUUUUUGCUGUUUUUAUGGUUGCAAUGCGAGCAUGCAGUUUUCUUUCAAAUAGUUACAUCUUGACAGAAGGAAAAGUAGCAAACUUUCUUUUGGGUACAACUGGUAUCCUUAAUUUACGUUAUUCAAUCAUGGAGAAUAAGAUGUUAACAGAAGCAGUUGCGUUUCUUCUAUUGAUAUCCAUUUCCAGAUUUAUUGUUGAAAUUGGGCUAUCAAAGCAGGCUGUCAGUGCCAUGCUUAUGAGCACAUAUCCUCUGAGGAUGCUUGGUAUUGAUGAGAGUCACUUCUUUUGGGUUUUUAUUUCUGAGAUUGUUCCAAUACUAGCACUAGUUUUUUUAGCAUACCUUCUGUAUACAACCACUUCUGGCAGCUCAUGUUGGAGGGUUUUUAAAAUUAUCUUUACCACAGCAACCGUUUUAAGUUAUAUGCUCAUAGCAGUGCAUUGGGCCUUAGAAAGUAACAUGCUGGAAAUUCCACUGGUGCUUGAAGGCAUAGGAAGAAAUUCUGUCCCACGGAUAAUUUAUGCUAUUGGAUGUGGGUUAUUAGUGUUACUAGCAGUUGCUCAAUUGUUUAAGCAGAAGGGAAAGACUUCGGAUUACAAAGAAGUUCUAGUUAUCAAAACAGUGACUAUGUUAUCUGCAUGGAGUUCAACCAUCAUAAUCUUACUGGGAAGACAAGGUUUCUUGGUUAGUUUGGUAUCUAUAAUUGCAGGAUGGUGCAUAAUAAGGUUAGAGAAUUUGGAACAAGAUACCAUGAAUGGUUUUAUUGGAGCCACAGAUAUUCUUUCUGUCACGCAAUGGAGCCUUCUAGCCGUGUCUCUAUUUUACCUCACCGGUCACUGGUGUGCUUUUGAUGGCCUUCGAUAUGGUGCAGCAUUUAUUGGGUUUGAUGAGUUCAUCCUUGUUCGCCAAGCAAUCCUUCUUGCAAUUGAAACAUUUGGUGCAUCUCACAUCCUUCCAAUUUUGGCCCUGCCAUUUCUUGUUUCAUUCAAACAUCAGUGUUGUGGGAGUAACAAAAAAAGGGGAACACUCUUCAUCAAAUUAUCUCAGGUACUUUUGAUGUAUGGACUCAUUACUGCCGUAACAACCUCAUUGACCAUUGUGUGUGUCACUAUUCAAAGGCGGCACUUGAUGGUUUGGGGUUUAUUUGCUCCGAAGUUUGUCUUUGAUGUCGUUGGCCUCCUCCUAACGGAUGUCCUGAUUUGUUUAUCAUCCAUCUACUAUUUCUCUGGCAUUGAUGAAUGAUGAGACAGCACAAAAGGCAAUCCCAGAAAAUUCAACUUAAGGAUCAUCAAGAGGACUUCCCCCCCUCCCUCCGGCCAACCUAAGAAAACAAGAAAAAAAAAAAAAAAGAGGAAGCUUCUGCAAAAUAUUUGAUAUUGGAUUAUGAUGUAGCUAGUUCAUAGUUUGGUGCCAUGCAGAUUUAUUUAUUUUUUAUUCAUUUUUUUGGGAA